AAGUAACGUCGUCGAGAAGCUCCCACGAGGCAGGGUCCCACAAUUUGGGUCUCGACCUUUUCCCAAGCGAUUUCAGCCAGUCCUAUCUACUCAUCCCCUCACGUGAGUCGUUGGUUCGUGGGGUCGGAUAUGUUGGUGUGAUAACGCUAAUUGAGGAAGGUCUCUCGGUAGUCGUGGAGGUGAUCCUAGGUUCCUGCAGCGUGGCUGCAGGUGCUUUCCGAUGUGGAAACCAUGUCCGAAAGACGAUGGUGGGGAGCUAUCUACUGAUAGAGUAUUGAUUCAACCCCGCAGUUGUGGUGACACCAUUGUGCAGUGAAUGUUCAGUGUUCAAUCUGGGAGAAUGUGCUUCGUGUUAUUUCAGAUGAUGUCUCUAACUAUUCAACAAUUGAUGGAGGAACAAAUUUAUAUGAAUCCGCCUCCUUGAUAUUCCGGAAAUGCCUCUAAUAAUUCGAUUGCUGUGGCUCCUGAUCGUUGGGAUUCUUGCACACAGUUGCAAUGCUCAAAACUACAUUAACACCACCGUGUUUGACCCACUGAAGUAUGUCAACCAACUCAUCGGCACCGAUAAUGGUGGAAAUGUUUUCGCAGGUGCUACUCGACCUUAUGGAAUGGCAAAAGCAGUUGCAGACGUAGAUGGUCAAAACACAGCGGGUUUUUCAACAGACGGCAGAAAUGUUACCGGGUUCUCCCACAUGCACGACUCGGGAACUGGAGGCAAUCCUUCGCUCGGAAACUUCCCUCUCUUUCCUCAAUACUGUCCCGGAGACGAGAUCAAUAAUUGCAAUUUCUUGAAGGGUGCGAGAAAAACAAGUUAUGUCCGCAGUAGUGUUGUAGCAACGCCCGGUUAUUUUGCUAUCGAGCUAGGGACUGGGAUUAAAGCUGAGAUGACGGUUACUGAACAUGCCGCUUUGUAUCACUUUGAGUUUCCUGUUGGAGCAAACGGGACGGGAACAAACCCAUUGAUCUCGUUGGAUCUCACGGAUUUGAAUGCUAGUCGCCAGAAUGCUAGCGUAAGUGUUGAUAGUGACGGGAGAAUCAAAGGAAAUGGGACUUUUCUUCCUAGUUUUGGAAGUGGCUCUUUCAUCUCACAUUUUUGUGCGGAUUUUCAAGGCGCUAAUAUCAAAGAUACGGGUAUCUGGGUCAAUAAUCGUGCUGGGACAGAGCCGAAGAGCAUUUUUGUUACGAGAGGUAUUAAUGCCUUUUACCUGGAGGCAGGAAGUUUUGUGAGUUUUGAAAGACCCGCGAAUGGAGUAAUAAGUGCGAGAGUUGGUGUUAGUUUCAUCAGCGAGGAGAAGGCGUGUCGUAAUGCGGAAACUGAAAUUCCAGGGGAGAAAUGGGAUUUCGACGGGAUCAAGAAGAGUGCUGAAGAGGCUUGGAGAGAAAAAUUGAGUGUGGUUUCCGUUAAUGCAACAGGUGUUAAUGAGAGCUUGGUAACCAAUUUUUAUUCUGCGAUUUAUAGGACUAUGAUGUCUCCGCAGAACUACACCGGUGAAAACCCGCUUUGGCAAAGUUCAGAACCUUACUACGAUUCCUUCUAUUGGUAUGCCCAUCUUCCGCUUGUUCUGCUAUCACGUUGCUUGAGGCUAACCUAAAACCAGUAUUUGGGACGCAUUUCGCUCUCAGCUUCCCUUCCUCACGAUUGUAAAUCCUUCGACUUUAACUGAGAUGAUCCGAUCCCUACUCGAUACCUACAAAAAUGUAGGAUGGCUCCCAGAUUGCCGUAUGUCUCUUUGCAAAGGCUUUACACAAGGAGGAUCCAAUGCGGAUGUUGUCCUCGCUGACGCCUUUGUCAAAAAUCUUACUUCGGCAAAUUCAACAUCAAAGAUUGAUUGGAGGUUGGCAUACCAGGCAGUUCUGAAUGAUGCUGAGAAUGAACCACUUGAUUAG